AUGCUUACACUAACGGGGAACUUGGCUUUACAGUGGUUGCCUUGCAUCCGUCGAGGCUAUAUUUAUGUUAUCUCGUGGACGUCCGCAGGUAGCUCGUCUCAGCUAUGCCCUUCUUCUCAGCGAUCCUGUUCUUCUUUUCCUUCUUCACCUGAGACUUCGCUCCUUGUUAGAGUCUCCUUGGCAGACUCCUCUGUUUCUAACAUACAGGGUAUCUGCAGGCACUUGGUCACGGUGAGAGAGGCGCUUGCCUUUACCAAACGUCAGCAGCCUCAAAAACAAACUAUUUCGCUUACCGGGUCUUCAAGGACUACUCUAAAUCUUGUCGGCCGCCCCUUUUUCAAAUCCUUACAUCUCGCAAGCCAUUCUGGGAAAAAUUACAACCAAGGUUCAUCGCGCAUAACAUUAUGGCUCGCGGAUGAGGAGUCUACUUCAACUUCCGACCGAUAUAUCUUGCCCAACUUCGCUUGUGUAGAUUAUCGCCUGCCAAAGCAUCGCUCUAAUCUCAUACUUUUUGAUUCAUUUGCCCAACAAAGUUGCGCUCCAGGCCAUCCAAACGUCUGCACGAUGCGGGGACUGCGGGUUGUCUACAAUGUGGAAUUUCUGGGGUUACCAAUACGAGCGAAUCAGACAUCUGGCACUGCUACUGCCCAUUCUCAGCCAGCUGAAUUUCGCCUGACGAGUUGUCAGUAUCUUGGUGGUCAAGUUUUGGAGGAAGUAUUUCGGACCGAUGUUUUCCCGUCGACUUCUGAAAAUACUUGCUCUAUCUGCAGGCGGUUAUUCGGAAUUCAAAUUCCUUACUUGAGUUUGCCUUUUGGACAACACAAUGAAGACAAGCCAGUAGAUAACUCGAAAGAAGCAUCA